GUGGAUCUUGCUUCCAUCUACUUUGGCCUCUUUGUGGGUGUCUUUGUCUUUACUAUUGCAAAGGUCUUUGGGCAGACUCGAAGCAUCUGGAAGCGCACCCACAGCUUUCACAAUACGUACCUGUACUUGAUCUGGGCUGAGGCUUGGACCAACUUUAUCUUUGCCAUUGUUACCUUUUUGUUCUUGAACAAUGUCAUUAAAGGAAGCCUCGUCUUUUUCCUCUUUACAGUUGUAUUAUGGGCACUCCAGACACAACUCCUGCCCCAGAUCAUCGCGAAUCGAGUCGCCUUGAUCAUGACCAACAAGCGCCGGGCCACGCACUUGAAAUGGAGUCUAGUCAUCAGCAUCGGUUUCAUCAACAUUGCCGUUUGUUAUAUCUGGACCGUCGCCCACAUGAAAGGUGCCACUCCUGCUCAGGUCCAUCACAACGUUAUCUUUGAAAAGGUGGAAAAGAUUUUCUUCCUUAUCAUCGACUUGGGACUUAACCUCUACUUUUUAUAUCUGGUGCGCUAUCGCUUGAUUGAGGAUGGCUUGGGCAAGUAUUGGAGGCUCUUCAACUUUAACGCUGGCAUGGUGGGCAUCUCCACAACCAUGGAUAUUCUGUUGCUUGGCUUUUUGAGUCUGCCUAACCCCUACCUAUAUGUGCAAUUCGCUCCUGUGGCAUACAUCAUCAAGCUCUACAUCGAGCUACUGAUGGCCAGCCUCAUCUCCAAGGUGGUUCGAAGCAGC